UUACCAAUAGACAAACUUGAAAACCCCCCCACAGAGAAAACCUAAACCAAAACACUCAUCAAAAUCUUAUUAGUGUCUAAUGGCACUCCUUAAUGACCAUCCCAACGAGCCUAAUUACAUCUCAAAACAAAACUCCUCAUCCGACGAUCCCUCAUCACCGGAGAAUUAUGGAUUGGCUUCUAGCGGUAGCACGAUGAAUUCAGAUCAUCAACAAAAUCAUCAAGGGGUUGUGUUUUACCCUUCGCGCGAAUCCGUUGAAGAUCACAACUCUUUGUUAGAUUUCAACGGAUCAUCAUUUCUUAACUUCGACAACAACAAUCAUCAUGAGAGCUUUCCUCAUCCAACCAUAAGUUGCGGUGGUGGCUUCUCUUUUUUGGAAGGCAACAACAUGAGCUACGGCUUCACAAAUUGGAGUCAGCAUCAUAUGGAUAUUAUUAGCCCUAGACCCAUUGAAACUCCGGGGAUAAAUCAAGGCCAUAAAGACUGGUUAUACUCUGAUUCAACUGCUGUGACCACUGGUUCUAGACAUGAGUCUCUCUCGCCUAAAUCCGCUGGAAACAAACGUUCUUAUACGGGAGAGAGCAUUCAACCACCCUCAAAGAAACCGAGGAGCAGCGGUAACGGGAAAGCCAAGCCUAAGCCAAUAACUCCACCUAAAGAUCCACAAAGCCUAGCAGCCAAGAACCGAAGAGAAAGGAUAAGUGAACGUCUCAAGAUAUUGCAAGAACUUGUGCCCAAUGGCACCAAGGUUGAUCUGGUGACGAUGUUAGAGAAGGCUAUUAGUUAUGUCAAGUUUCUUCAAUUACAAGUUAAGGUACUUGCGACCGAUGAGUUUUGGCCAGCACAAGGAGGAAAAGCUCCAGACAUUUCUCAAGUUAGAGACGCGAUUGAUGCCAUCCUCUCUUCAUCACAAAGAGACAAGAAUUCGACUCCAAUCACCAAUAAAUGAAGACUCAUAAUAAUGAAUUACUUAACAUUAAUUACGCUGUAAUAAUAUCGGGGAAAACAAUGAUUCUCUCGAUAACUUCCAC